AUGCUCUCCGUGACUCCAGAGUCUAAGUCUGGCAAGAAAAUUGUGGCCAAAAGGGCCUGCUUGGCUUGUAGAGAGAAAAAGAUCAAGUGUGAUGGUGAACCCAUGAGAGCUGGCAAAGAAGCCGACAUAAUCUACCCUUGUACGAAUUGUGCACUGUGCCAUACCAAGUGUAUCUUCAUACCCAGUAAUAGAGGAGGAAGGCGGAAAAAGGGCGUAUCCAAGGUAGCUAACUCUGACUUCAAGAAAACGACGAGAGGUCUUCCUCAGGAAGGUUCAGUUCACAAUUAUGAUGUCGACACGGAGGCUUUUCCGUAUAAUUAUUCAUUGCAUUCCCCAGAAUCUUUGAAAAUGCAACGAUUAUACCCAGAAUCAUUGGGGCACAAUCAGGACGCAAGACGGAGCUCUUAUGAUCGUAUCUCCUCAACUCAUUCCCAGCUCUCCCCAAAUACUUCCCAUCAUCCACAGGACUAUCCGACCAUUGCUCAUCCAGGGCAGUAUCCCAAUUUUAACCUUCCGUUACCCCAAAGUGGACGACCAGGCAAUGUCUACACAGCUCCCCCAAUGAGAGUGUCUUCCAGCACAGGAGCACUGCCCCUGAAAUCCGUUCCUUUGAAGUACAGUGCCCAACAAUAUGUUGGAUUCCACCCUCCAUUCGUUGGCCCUCAUCCUUCAAGAGAAGAUCCUAUAGAUUCAACAGACAGUGUGACAACUAUGUCAUAUAGAGAUCAUACCCCUCAUUUUCAACGAACACCAAGUUCACUUUCUUCAAGCCGCUAUUACGAUCAAACCUCUUCCUGGUUGAGAACUCAAUCUCACUAUGGAUCAAAUUCUCCAAUAGACGAUAGCUUUUUAAAGCCACGCAAGUCCUUAAGUUCACACAGUGCCGCUGUAAAACCAAGAAAUUCUACACUUGUUAUGACAUCUGAUUCUGAAUUGGAGCUUUACGAAUUCCCAUCUUGGGAGAUAACUUCAUAUUUCAUAGACUUGUACUACAAGUACAUUCAUCCUGCAAGGUCAUUGAUGCCAUCCAAGGCUGAAUUUUUGAAAAGUAUUUCGUUCCCAAUGCAUGCUUCGUUGCUUCAUUCUUUAAUUUUGACAUGUUGCACUCAUGCUGACCCGAAAAUUGUUAGAAGCCAUACCUUCAGAAAUCCAAAACAUUGGUAUAACCUUACCGAGAAAUACUGGCCUGAGAUGGAUUUGAAAUGCUCUUUGAUGUCACUGACUAUGCUCAGUGAAACCCUCAGUGGGUAUAAGUUUUUUCGGGAAUCUAUAGAUGGUUUCCAAAGGGCUUCUAACUUGGUAAAGCUGAAUAACAUGCUUGCCAGCUAUACGAGCAUGCCUGAUUCGCAGUGGAAAGAGCUAGUUCAGAUAUCCUCAACACGUCAACUGAUGGAUAGAGAGAGCUUCGUUAGAAGUAUCUGGUUAUUGUACAGAUUAGCUAUUUUCCAUCGUCUUAACGAAGGUGAUCCCUUUAAACCUAGACCAGAACUAACAAUGGAAUACCCUAAUGACCUUGAAUUCCCAAUGAGUGAUGAGUCUUUUUUCAAUUCUUUUUCAAAUAAAGAUUCAGAUUCAGAGAUCAAGAAACCUGUUACAUGGGAAGAUGUUAGUUCCGCUAUUGAUUAUAGCAUUACAACAGAUAAGGAUGAAGUGACCUUACCUAAUUCAUUCGAAAAUUAUGCUCCAGCUGUUUCAUUCUUUUCCACCAAGGUCUUGAGUGAUGUGAUGGACUUGAUAUACAGGGGUAUUUGCACAUUGGAAAGCAAAGUCACUUUGUUCAACAGCAAACUGAAUGCGCUUGAAAAACUUUCCCGGAACGUCUAUCGAAUUGAGUCUGUUGUUGUAGAUAGAGAUGUUCACAGUAAGGUAAUGCUAAUCAAUUGCACAACGUUGACUGGACUAUUCCAGAUACAUCUUUCCAGAUCUAUCUUACACACACCAAUAUGUGGAGAAUUGCUUUUAUUCAAGAGAUGUCUACAUAAAGCAAUGCUUGAAUCACAGAAGCAGAAUCUAGUUUCAGAAGAUAUUCUGAAUUCAUUUUUGGAGGCUUUACGUAGUGCCGACGAAAAUCAAUGGAGAUCAUUAGUACCAGUUAUCAUGUCUGCAUCGGGACUGGUAAAGUUAUUGGAAUUGGGGCAAGGUGUGGUGGAUCAUAAAGGAACAGAUCUUCAAGGUCAAAUACUUCCUGUUGUUGUUGGACCUACUUCGUUGGAGCCUGCCAUUGACAUUGGGGUGGUUGACUCUGAUGAUGAACCUGUUCUCAAAUCGAAACCUUGGUGGCACUACGCCGUUUCAGGAAUUGGUGCCAAACGAUCCGGAUCAGUAUCAACAGAGCCAGAUGUUGCCAAUGCUUGGGUUCAAUAUCCACUGUUCGCUUCAAUACCACUAUGUUAUGCCACUUACCAUAGUGCUUCGUUAUUAGUACUAAGUAAGUUUGUUGAUAUUCAGCUAAGCACUGAAGACACAGCAAAUUUCAAUCUCAAGAAUAACCAAGUUGCAAUCGAUUUUUGUGUUUAUGGAAAGAGGAAAGUCAGUUUACUUUCAGACGACGAGAAACAUGACGACAAGAGCGGUGAAAUCCUGACCAGAAAAAUAACAGUUCCAGUAUUACAGACGCAUGCAGAUAUAAUUUUGAAAUGUUGGAAUUCUGACAUCCUUUUAGAGCACAUGAGGCUCUUUGCAAAGUUCCUCCAGGUGCAGGGUAAAUAUUACCCAAUCUAUAAUAAUGCCUAUCAAAACUGCCAGGCUCUAACCAACUUUUUGGAGGACAAAUUUCUACCGAACCUUUAA